UCGAGUCCGCAGACAGAGACAGAGACAGAGAGAGAGAGAGACACAGACACAGGAGACAUUUUUAUUUACAUUUUUGAUUUGAUUUUCAACAUGAACUCGUGUGCGCUGCUCCUGCUCCUGGGGACACUGCUACACGGAGCCACAGCCACGGUUCACACUUUGAAAUAUUUUGACACUUCUUCAUCUCAAGUCCCAAACUUCCCAGAGUUCAUUGCAGUUGGAUAUGUGGACGACCUCCAGAUCACUCACUACGACAGUUUCACAAAGAAAUUUGUCCCCAAACAGGAGUGGAUGAACAAACUCACAGAGGAGGAUCCUCAGUACUGGGAGAGGAACACUCAGAUCAAUUUGGGGAAUGAGCAGGUGGGAAAAGUCCCAAAUAGAAAUUGAGAAACGACGUCCUCAA